AUGAAAAUGACUUCGAAUUAUUACGAAAGUUUAGAUGCAACUGAGAAGGCUAACUACAGAGCGAAACUCACUCUCAGCAGCGGCGAAGCAAUUCCAGAUCGAUACAUACUUCAAAGUGAAUGGAGCAAUGAUAUCGCUAACCUACCGGAGCUCUCUUGGAGAGAUGUUACUGAGUACCUAAUUGAUUCACCCAGCAACUUCAGCAAAGAGUCAAUGAAAGCCUACAAAUCACUUGAAGCCUAUGACUACUUUGUGUGCAAACAUGUACAGGACUGUUUUUACCACAAAAUAUCAGAUGCUUCAGAGUUCUGUUUCGUUAAAUCUGAGGUAUUACCUAGCCAGAGGCAAGGCAAAAAGACAUCAAUGUACAAUGUCUGGGUUUGUCUAAACAAGUUGCAUGGCUGGAUCUUAACAGCAAAUUGCACAUGUAUGGCUGGGCUAGGAUCAGCUUGCAGUCUUAUAGCUGCUCUUUUGUUUAAACUUGAAGCUGCAGCCCAUUUCCGUUUGAACCAGCCAACAGCAUCAACAAGCCUGUUAUGUGCAUGGAAAUCUUCAAAGAAACAUGUCAUACCUGCUCCUCUCUCUUCUAUUGACUUUAGCCAACCAAGAAAGAAGACAUUGCCAAAGCCUCAGACAAAUAUUACAGAAUACAAGAACUAUAGCUGUUUGGACCCAACAGUUGGAGAAGAUGCCAUUUCUGUGCAUAUGCUAAAAAAACUUCAUAAAAUAUACCCAAAAGCAGCUGUGUUUACUAGUUUGCCAUUGUAUGACAUUCUGGACAAUGAGGCUCAGUCUUCUGAAAAAGAUGCACAAAUGAUAUCUGGUUCUGGUAGUGAGACAGACACUGAUAUAGAAAACAGCGCUUACACAUUACCGGAACCACUAACAAGUCUUUUUGACCCUACAGCUAUUAAUAUGACAGAUGAGGACCUACAAGUGCAUGGAAGAAAGUUGUAUACUGAAUAUCGUGAAAGGAACUUUCAGAAGUCCUAUGACAAUCUUUUUUGGAAAACCAAAGAUCAGAGUGCAAAAAAAGAAUGGAUGUUGCAUAGAGCUGGAAGAAUAACAGGCUCGACAGUGAAGAAUGUUGCCAGAAUGAGGGACAGUCAAUCCCUUAUUGAAACGAUUAUGCAAUACAGGCCAGGCUUUUCCUCAAAAUACACAGCCCAUGGAAAGCAGAUGGAACCUGUUGCACGAGAAAAAUUUGAAAAAGAGGAAGGUAUGAAGCAUACAAAUUUCAAAGUUGAGCAAGCUGGACUGUUGAUUAAUGCUGAAAUACCAUAUUUAGGUGCUUCUCCUGAUGGAAUUGUGAGCUGUGAUUGUCAUGGAAGGGGAGUGCUGGAAAUAAAAUGCCCUUACAAUUAUAAGGACAGCUUUGAAGGAUGGGCUGAAGAUAAUAAGUUUCCUAUUGAUCCUGAGUACAAAAUGAGGGAAAAUCAUCGCUACUACUAUCAAAUUCAAUUACAGAUGGAGCUAGCUGGUGUUGACUUUGGAUAUUUUUAUGUUUUCUCUGCAGGGGUGGAUGAGGCCAUGCUGUGUUUAACUAUAAAAAACAAAACCUUUAUGGAAGAGCUCAAAAACACUCUUUUUAAUAAAUUUCUACAUACUAUUUUGCCAGAAGUAGUAUCAAGAAAACUAGACACAGGACACAAACAUGAUCGAAAACUUUUCUGUAUAUGUAGAGGACCAGAAUUUGGUAAUAUGAUAACAUGCAAAAAUCAGUCAUGUGAAAUAGGAAGAUAUCAUUACAGCUGUGUAAAUAUAAAAAGAGCCCCACGCAAUGGAUGGGUUUGUCAAAACUGUGCAUGA